AUGUGCCGUUUCAAUAAAACAACAAACUCUAAAAGUGCAUAUGUACGCAACGUAGAUGCUGAUGAAGGAGACGACGAAGAUAAUGCUUUGUUUUUGGGAUCUUUAGAGCAAAGCAUAAAAACUCCAAAGAACAUAUGGAUAAUCUCACUGAAGACAAUGGACCACGUCAUCGAUUGCCAAAUUGAUACCGGAGCACAAGCAAACGUUAUGUCGCUGUAUCAAUUCAAUCAAAUACGCUGCUCUUCUGUACAGUUAACAUCAUCAUCAACUCGGGUUAUGACAUUCAGUGGAGAACAACUACCCGUCAUCGGCUGUUCAAUGUUGGAUUGUUUAUACAAAGAUAAACAAUAUUCGAUUCUAUUUCAUGUCUUGGACCUGAAGUGUCAUGCAGUUCUAGGACUAGACCCAUGCAUUAAACUUAAAUUAAUUAAUAAGGUAGAUGAAAUAAGACUUGCAUGCAUUAAUAAAUCUAAUUCUAAAUUUUCAGCUUAUUCUAAAAAUGUAUUAGAUAUAAAUUCUUCAAAGAGUGUUAGUUGCAAAUCAAUUUUAGAAAAUUAUAGUGAAGUGUUUAGUGGUCUAGGGUUAUUAAAAAAUAUAUGUCAUUUGAAACUCCAAACAAAUAUAACUCCUACAAUCGAUUGCCCGCGUAAAAUUCCGUUUGCUCUAAAAGAUUUGCUUAAAGAAGAAUUAGACCGUAUGGAAAAUUUAAAAGUGAUUCUUAAAUUCGAAAAACCUACAGAGUGGGUCAAUUCAAUAGUUUUAGUCAAAAAAGCAAAUGGAAAAUUAAGAGUUUGUCUUGACCCAAGAAAUUUAAACAAAGCCAUUCUCAGAGCACAUUUUGUUUUUCCAAAUAUUGACGAGAUAAAAUCCAAAUUAAGUGGUUCAAAAUAUUUCAGCACGUUAGAUGCGAAUUCAGGAUUCUGGGUUAUCCCAUUAGAUGACGAGUCUUCCAAAUUGUGUCUAUUUAUUACUCCAUUUGGAAGAUAUCGUUUCUUACGUCUUCCUUUUGGAAUCAACGCAGCUCCCGAAAUCUUUCAUGCUGAAAUGAUUAAACAUUUUAGUGAUAUAGAUGGUGUUGAAAUAUACAUUGAUGAUUUUUUUUUGCAUGCCGCUACGUUAGAAGAACAUAAUAUAAUUUUACAAAAAGUUUUAAAAAGAGCUCGAGAGAUUGGUCUGAAAUUCAAUAAAGAAAAAUCUAAAAUCUGUCUUAAUGAGGUCAAGUUUAUUGGCUAUAUUUUUAAUCAGCAUGGUGUCCGUCCAGAUGACUCAAAAGUCAAAGCCAUUUGUGAAAUGUCCCGUCCUACGUCCGUCUCUGAAUUACAAAGAUUUCUAGGCAUGGUUACUUAUUUAGGUAGUUUUGUAAAAGACUUGUCAGUUCAACAUAUUAAUCUUCGUCAACUUUUAAAGAAAGAGGUAGCAUGUCAUUGGACUGAUGCGCAUGAAAAAGAAUUUAAUAUGCAUAAAACUCUUAUAUCUACUGUUCCAAUUUUAACCUUUUAUGACCCUAACAAAAUUAUAACACUCUCAGUCGAUGCGUCAAAAGGUGUGGUAGGUGCAGUAAUAUCGCAUGAUAAUAGCCCAAUCGCUUAUACUUCAGCAACUCUGACAUCGAGUCAACAAAAUUAUGCUCAAAUUGAGAAAGAGCUAUUUGCCAUUCUAUUUGGGUGUAUCAAAUUCCAUCAAUAUAUUUAUGGAAAGCGUGUCAUUGUCGAAACUGAUCAUAAGCCGCUAGUUCCAUUGUUUACAAGAGCAUUAUACAAAGUCCCCGCCCGCCUUCAAAGAUUUAUGCUUCGUUUACAGUCUUAUGAUUUGCAGGUAGUUUACAAGCCUGGAAAAUAUAUGUAUACCGCUGACACACUUUCCAGAGCGCCAUUGUCAGAAAAAACACUAACUGAGUUUGACAAUGAUUUAACACUUCAUUGCAAUUUAUUGAUUUCAAUGUUGUCUGUUUCACAGGAAAGGUUACAAAAAAUCAAAGAAGCUAGCAAUAAUGAUGAUAUUCUUUCAAAGGAAUGCAUGACUUAUUAUAAGAUCAAAGACGAUUUGCAUGUCAUUGAUGAUAUUUUGUUAAAGUCAAAUCGUAUAGUUAUUCCAUCUUCAAUGAGAAAAGAAGUUUUGAAACUUAUUCAUGAAGGACACUUAGGUAUUCAAAGAUGUCAAAGUCUCGCAAAAGACAUCGUUUUCUGGCCAAAUAUUAACAAUUAUAUUCAAAACAUUGUAACCGAUUGUGAAACAUGCAUGCGCCAUCGUUCAUCUCAGCCUAAAGAACCUUUACAACCGCAUGAAAUUCAACCAAUUCCCUGGUACAAAGUUGGUACAGAUUUGUUUGAAUUUAACAAGCAAAUAUAUUUGCUUGUGGUUGACUAUUGGUCAAAAUACAUAGAAAUUGAGAACUUAAACUUUGGUUAUAGCAGUCAAUUCGUCAUAAGCAAGCUCAAAGCCAUUUUUGCCCGUCAUGGGAUUCCUCAAAUAAUGAUUUCAGAUAACGAUUGGCAAAUCGAGCACAUUACUUCAAGUCCUUAUCUUCCACGUUCUAAUGGUUUAGCGGAACGCUCAAUACAAACCAUUAAAAAACUUUUGAUAAAGUGUAAAGAAUCAGGUACAGAUCCGUAUGUAUCUUUGUUACAUUAUAGGACAAUUUCCAAAGGCAACCUUCCUUCACCCUCAGAACUUCUUAUGUCGCGAAAGCUUCGAACCAAAAUACCUGCAAUGUCAGAAAAUUAUCUUCCAAAAUCAAUAGACUAUCAAGAAGUCGAAAAAGAAUUAAAAAAUAAUAAUGAAAAAUCAAAAGCUUUAUACGAUAAAACGUCUAAAUCUCUAAAACCAUUAAAUAAAGGACAAAAAGUACACUAUAAGAAAACUCCUACGUCGUAUUGGACUCCUGGUAUAGUUAUAAAUAAAUGCCAAGAGCCUAAGUCUUAUGUUAUUGAAGAUAACCAAGGUAACACUUAUAGACGAAAUAGGCAACAUAUAAUGGAAACAAAAUCUGAAAUAGUAUCAAAUCCAACUCCUGCUGUGAAUGAGGUUGAGGAAACCUCACCCACAGAGGAAAUUCUGCCUUCCUCAAGCACAACUAGGUUCGGCAGAAAAACAACUCCACCUAAGAGGUUUACAUAUCCAAGAGAUCACAUCAAAUAA